CUUGCCUCUGUCGAUUUGUAGAAUGGCACGGUUUGGAGACGACCUGCCCACCCGCUAUGGAACUGGGGUGCCAGCGGGAGCUGGGCGAGGGAGCAGCCGGCAAGGUGGCCCCCCGCCCGGGCAAAGGAUGUACAAGCAGUCCAUGGCACAGCGGGCGAGGACCAUGGCACUGUACAACCCCAUCCCUGUCAAACAGAACUGCUUCACCCUCAACAGAUCGCUGUUCAUCUUCAGUGAGGACAAUGUCAUCCGCAAGUAUGCCAAGAGGAUCACAGAGUGGCCUCCAUUUGAAUAUAUGAUCUUAGCCACCAUUAUUGCCAACUGUAUUGUGUUGGCGCUGGAGCAGCAUUUGCCAGAACAUGACAAGACAGACAUGUCAGAGAGACUGGAUGAUACCGAACCCUACUUCAUUGGCAUCUUCUGUUUUGAAGCUGGCAUUAAGAUCAUUGCCCUGGGGUUUGUGUUUCACAAAGGAUCGUACCUACGGAACGGUUGGAAUGUCAUGGAUUUUGUGGUCGUUCUUACCGGGAUACUGGCAACAGCUGGCACAGACUUCGACCUGCGAACGUUGAGAGCAGUGAGAGUACUGAGACCACUGAAACUCGUCUCUGGGAUUCCGAGCCUCCAGGUGGUGUUGAAGUCGAUCAUGAAGGCGAUGGUCCCUCUUCUGCAGAUUGGAUUGCUGCUGUUCUUUGCUAUCGUCAUGUUUGCCAUCAUUGGACUGGAGUUCUAUAUGGGGAAGUUUCACAGGACAUGUUUCUCUCGUGAUACAGAGCCCACUGGUGAUUUCCCCUGCGGAGAGGAGCCUCCGGCCCGGACGUGUGAUAAUGAAACUUCAGUGUGUCGCCUUUAUUGGAAAGGUCCAAAUUUCGGCAUUACCAACUUUGACAACAUCUUGUUUGCGGUCUUGACGGUGUUCCAGUGCAUCACCAUGGAAGGCUGGACUGACAUUCUGUACAAUACCAACGAUGCAGUCGGCGCAAUGUGGAAUUGGCUCUACUUCAUCCCUCUCAUCAUUGUUGGCUCCUUCUUCAUGCUGAAUCUGGUUCUGGGUGUCCUGUCCGGGGAGUUUGCCAAAGAACGUGAGAGGGUGGAGAACCGACGGGCAUUCCUCAAACUCAGACGCCAGCAACAAAUUGAACGUGAGCUUAACGGCUAUCUGGAGUGGAUCUUUAAAGCAGAGGAAGUCAUGCUCGCAGAAGAAGAUAAGAAUGCUGAGGAGAAAUCCCCUUUAGAUGUGCUGAAACGAGCUACCAUUAAGAAGAGUAAAAACGAUCUCAUCAACGCAGAGGAGGGAGAGGAUCACUUCAACGAUAUCUGCUCUGUAGGAUCCCCCUUUGCCCGGUCAAGCUUGAAAAGUGGAAAAAAUGAGAGCUCGUCCUACCUCCGCCGCAAGGAAAAGAUGUUCCGGUUUUUCAUCCGCCGUAUGGUUAAGGCACAAAGUUUUUACUGGUUUGUGCUGUGCGUUGUGGCACUGAACACGCUUUGUGUCGCCAUCGUACACUACAACCAGCCAGACUGGCUCACCAAAGCCCUGUAUUUUGCAGAGUUUGUUUUCCUGGGCCUCUUUCUGACCGAAAUGUCCAUGAAGAUGUAUGGUCUGGGUCCUCGACAUUACUUUCACUCGUCCUUUAACUGUUUUGAUUUUGGGGUAAUAGUGGGGAGUAUCUUCGAAGUUAUUUGGGCGGCAGUAAAACCAGGAACCUCUUUUGGGAUCAGUGUGCUUCGAGCUCUGAGGCUUCUCCGUAUUUUCAAAGUCACAAAGUACUGGAACUCCUUGAGAAAUUUGGUGGUGUCCUUGCUGAACUCCAUGAAAUCCAUCGUCAGCCUUUUGUUUCUUCUUUUCCUCUUCAUCGUGGUCUUCGCUCUUUUGGGGAUGCAACUGUUUGGGGGACAAUUUUACUUUGAAGAGGAAACAAGAAACACAAAUUUUGACACCUUCCCAACUGCCAUUUUGACCGUUUUUCAGAUCCUGACAGGGGAGGACUGGAACAAUGUCAUGUACUUUGGGAUCGAAUCACAAGGGGGUGUCAGCAAAGGAAUGUACUCCUGUAUUUACUUCAUCAUCCUGACCCUGUUUGGAAACUACACCCUCCUGAAUGUAUUUUUAGCCAUUGCUGUCGACAAUCUGGCCAACGCACAGGAACUUACGAAGGAUGAGGAGGAGAUGGAGGAGGCUACCAAUCAGAAGCUGGCGCUCCAGAAAGCCAAAGAAGUGGCGGAAGUCAGCCCUAUGUCCGCGGCCAACCUCUCAAUCACAGCCAAACAGCAAAACUCUACCAAAUGUCGGUCGGUGUGGGAGCAGCGCACAACCCAAAUCCGUAUGCACAACUUCCAGGCCAGCUGUGAGGCACUCUACAGUGAGCUGGAGCCUGAAGACCGCAUGCGCUAUGCCACCACUCUGCGGCUGAGGCCUGAUAUGAAGAGUCACAUGGACCGACCGCUGCUGGUGGAGCCACAAGAUUCCACGGAGACCAAAGAUGGCAGCCCAGAAGAGUUAGCACCCAAUGAGAUAGAGCCAGGGCCUGAAGGGGCUACGGAGCCAGCACCGCGGAAACAUAGACAUCGCGAGAGAGGCACAGAUGAGACCAAUGGUGGCUGUAAAGAGAAUGGCAACCAUAAUGGAGACUCUGGUAGUAAUGAUAGAGAAGAACGCCAUCGUCAGCAUAGAAGUCGCAGCAAAGAAGGGGAAGGUGGGAAGGAAGGAAGAGGAGAGCGGAAGGAAGAGGAGAGGGGGAAGCGACACCACCGCAAGGCCUCCCCUGAAGAGGGCACAGAAAGGGAGCACCGCCGGCACCGCACACACCGCCACUCUGCAGAGAGACAAGGUAAAGAUGGAAAUGGGCAACCGGGUUCCAACAGCAAAGGCGAGAGAAAGUCUAGACACCGAGGUGGAGGGUCUAGAUCCGGCAACAGGGACGUAGAUGGCACAACUCGUGGUGAAAAUGGGGAAGAGGUUCCACGGUCACGUCAUCGCAACAGGCACAAAGCACUUUCUACUUAUGACACAGAGGAGAAUAGAGAAAACAAAGAUGGAGAAUCUGCCGAGAGGGAACAUCGCAAUCACAGACCCAGGGACCACCGUAACGAGGCUGAGGUCCCUGUUGGGGGUCUACAACAGCUGCCGGAGCAAUCAGAAGAUGCCGAUAACCAGAAAAAUGUAAACCGUAUGUCUCAGCCGCACACGGACCACUCCAGCACGGUUAAUAUACCUGUCACCAUCACAGCACCACCCGGAGACACUGCCGUCAUACCAAUCAAUAAUGUGGAAUUCGAUGUUAAGUCUGAGGAGAAGAAGGAGAUGGAAGCAGAAGACUUAACGAAAAAUGGGCCGAAGCAGAUCUUGCCAUACAGCUCCAUGUUCAUCUUCAGCUCCACCAACCCAGUCCGCCGCCUGUGUCACUACAUCGUCAAUAUGCGCUAUUUUGAGAUGGUCAUCCUGGUGGUCAUUGCCCUGAGCAGCAUUGCACUGGCUGCAGAAGACCCAGUACAGACUGAUGCCCCUCACAACGAUGUGCUGAAAUACAUGGAUUACAUUUUCACGGGAGUCUUCACUUUUGAGAUGGUGAUAAAGAUGAUUGAUUUGGGUCUUCUCCUCCAUUCUGGUUCAUAUUUCCGGGACCUUUGGAAUAUUUUAGACUUCAUCGUGGUCAGUGGAGCCUUGGUGGCUUUCGCUUUCUCAGGGAAUAAAGGGAAAGAUCUAAACACCAUCAAAUCUCUGCGAGUUCUCAGGGUUCUGCGGCCUCUGAAAACCAUUAAGCGGCUACCCAAGCUCAAGGCGGUGUUCGACUGUGUAGUUAACUCACUCAAGAAUGUACUCAAUAUCCUCAUCGUUUACAUGCUCUUCAUGUUCAUCUUUGCCGUCAUUGCCGUUCAGCUCUUCAAGGGCAAGUUCUUCUACUGUACAGAUGAGUCAAAAGACCUGGAGAAAGAUUGCCGGGGGGAAUAUCUUAAUUAUGAAAAUGAUGACGUGAGGGCACAGCCAAGGGAAUGGAAGAAAUAUGAAUUCCACUAUGACAAUGUCCUCUGGGCUCUCCUGACUCUCUUUACAGUUUCCACUGGGGAAGGGUGGCCCAAUGUCCUCAAACAUUCAGUGGAUGCCACCUACGAGGACCAGGGCCCCACUCCUGGCUUUCGCAUGGAAAUGUCCAUCUUCUAUGUGGUCUAUUUUGUGGUCUUUCCUUUCUUCUUUGUCAACAUCUUUGUGGCUCUAAUUAUCAUCACAUUCCAGGAGCAGGGGGACAAGGUCAUGUCGGAGUGCAGUCUUGAGAAGAAUGAGAGGGCCUGCAUAGAUUUUGUCAUCAGCGCCAAGCCCCUAACACGAUACAUGCCUCAAAACCGUCAGUCAUUCCAGUAUAAGAUGUGGCGAUUUGUGGUGUCUCCUCCAUUUGAAUAUUUCAUCAUGGUGAUGAUUGCGCUCAACACCAUUGUGUUGAUGAUGAAGUUUUAUGGCGCAUCAAGUACCUAUGAAGAAAUGUUGCGAGGCCUUAAUAUUAUCUUCACAUCCAUGUUCUCGUUGGAAUGUAUCCUGAAAAUUAUCGCCUUUGGUGUUCUGAACUAUUUGCGGGAUGCUUGGAAUGUGUUUGACUUUGUUACGGUCUUGGGAAGUAUAACUGAUAUAUUAGUAACGGAGAUAGCGGAAAAUUUCAUCAAUCUGAGUUUCCUAAGAUUAUUUCGAGCUGCCCGACUGAUUAAGUUGCUACGUCAAGGUUACACCAUCCGCAUCCUUCUGUGGACUUUUGUGCAGUCAUUCAAGGCCUUGCCGUAUGUCUGCCUCCUUAUUGCAAUGCUGUUUUUCAUCUACGCCAUUAUUGGUAUGCAGGUGUUUGGGAACAUUGCUUUGUCUGAUGAUAGCGCCAUCAACCGCCACAAUAACUUCCGCACCUUCUUUCAAGCAUUGAUGCUCCUGUUUAGGAGUGCCACUGGCGAGGGCUGGCAUGAGAUCAUGCUGUCCUGUCUCAGUAACAGACCUUGUGACUCGCGCUCCGGUAACCACACAGCUGAAUGCGGAAGUGACUUUGCAUAUUUCUACUUUGUCUCCUUCAUCUUCCUCUGCUCUUUCCUGAUGCUCAAUCUCUUUGUGGCUGUCAUCAUGGAUAAUUUUGAGUAUUUAACACGAGACUCCUCCAUUCUGGGUCCACAUCACCUCGAUGAGUUCAUCCGGGUUUGGGCAGAGUACGAUCCAGCUGCUUGUGGGCGCAUUGGCUACACUGAUAUGUACGAGAUGCUGCGACAUAUGCCCCCUCCCCUUGGCCUGGGGAAGAAAUGCCCUGCACGUGUGGCAUAUAAGCGCUUGGUAAGGAUGAACAUGCCAAUUUCUGACACAGAUCUCACUGUCCACUUCACAUCUACGCUGAUGGCGUUAAUCAGGACAGCGUUGGAUAUUAAAUUGGCAUCAGGUGGAAUUAAGCAGCAUGAAAGUGACGCAGAGUUACGGAAAGAGAUCUCCUCAGUGUGGCCCAACUUGUCUCAGAAAACAUUAGAUUUACUUGUCCCCCCUCAUAAGCCGGAUGAAAUGACUGUCGGAAAAGUUUAUGCAGCUCUUAUGAUCUUUGACUUUUACAAGCUGAACAAAAAAAACCGGGACCAGUCUCACCAGCCACCUGGAGUCUUAGCUCAGACCGGAACAGUGUCGCUUUUCCAGCCACUAAAAGCUACUCUGGAACAGAACCUUCCUGCCCCGUUUGGUAACAGCAAGAUGUUCCUUCGACAAAAGAGCUCGGCAUCCUUAAACAACGGUGGUGUGGUACCCAACCCAGAUAGUGGAAUCCGGGAGUCAAGCUCAUGGGGAACGCAGCCAACCCAAGACCCUUUCUCCACCCCACGGAGCACCGCAUUCCAGAGGGGCAACUCAGAGGAGAUCCAUACCCAGCGGCAGGUCAAGCAGUCUGUAGAAAUGAAAGAAAUUGGACAAAGUCUGUCCAACGGUGGAGAGCAUCCGACCGGACUGGAGAUACAAGGGCGAGCAGUGUCCAUGCCGCGUCUGGCUGCAGAAGCUCAUCCGCGGAGCCGUGCUCCCUCCCCCAGGAACGGUUACUUGCCCCCUAUAACGGAUACCAGUCCAAUGAAACGCUCUGUGUCAACGCUAACUCCCCCACAGCGGCCUCAGAUGUACGAAUACUCCUUAGAGAGAGUGCCGCAUGACCGCAGCCAUCAGCACCACCACCGAUGUCACCGGCGCAAAGAGAGAAAACAAAAGUCCAUGGAGAGGUCUCCACAGAAUGACGACCCGGCAGAAGCUACGCAAAGGGGGGAGAGGCGUCAGGAGAGAGGGAGGUCCCAGGAACGUAAACAGCAACCGCUAUCCUCAUCAGAGAAACAGCGCUUUUACUCGUGUGACCGAUAUGGCAGCCGAGAUUCUGGGCAUCCCCGGCAUUCUGACCACAGCCGGGCAACUUCGCCCUCUUCUGGACAGGAUCAUGCUACACACAGACAGGGCAGUGGUUCGGCCAGCGGGAGUCCACGUCUGACCAGCUCCGGUGCUAGUACCCCAUGCCGCGGAGUCCGGAGGCAGCUGCCACAGACACCGCUCACUCCACGGCCCAGCGUCACAUAUCGGACAGCUCACUCUUCCCCUGUACACUUUGGGGGUUCCAUUUACUCUCCCGGGCGCCUGAGCCGGGGGGUAUCAGAGCACAAUACCUUGCUUUACAGUGAAUCCCCAAGCCACUCUGCCUGCACAGUCACGCGCAUUGGUUCUGACCCAUACCUAGGACCACGUCAAGAUGCUGACAGCUACUGCCCUUUACCUGAGGACACCUUAACCUUUGAGGAGGCCUUGGCCAGCAAUUCCGGACGUUCCUCUCGGACUUCCUAUGUGUCCUCACUCACUUCCCAUUCCCACCAGCUCUGCAGGGUCCCCAACGGCUACCACUACACCUUAGGGCUGAGUUCAGGGUCCGGCCAAGCUCCCAGAGUUCGAAGCUAUUACCAUGAAGCAGACGAGGAUGACUGGUGCUAGCAGAGGGAGCCAAAGCACGUUCUCAGUCUUGCCCUUCACUUCACCAGGAAGCCGAAGCAACAGGAGCACGGGUGACAGAGAUGGGGGGGCUCUUGUUUCAAUCACUACUGAUGAGUUUUAUCAUCAGCCAACAGAUCGCCGUGACAUCAGAGUAUGUUUCGGCAGAUUAGAGGCAGCGACCGUAGGAGAAAAUGCAGAGCAAAAAUUAAGGAAGAAAAAAGGAACGAGCAGGGCAGAGCCAGAGCAGGCCUCGGUGUUAAAUUGUUCUGGCAUAUGUCAUAUUUCCAGUCUUCCUUUUGGGGAGAGUUACAAUGCCUCUUUUGUAGUAAUCAGAAUUUGGGACGUAGGACAAGAUGGCGAGCCUGGAGGUUGGAGAAAAAGUAGUAUGAGCAGCAAGUUUAGGACUGGAAAGUAUUGAGGUUGUUUUUUUAAUCAUUUAUAUAGACUUUAAAAAAUAGAAGGGGAAUUAUUGACAAGCUCUUCACCUUUCUAUUUCAUCCUCCACAAAUGUCUGAGAAAUUUUUGACCAGUCAUACUUGCCAUCGCAUCCACUCUCCACCAACCUUCCAUUGCUUAGCAGAGGAAUUGCAACUGAAACUUGUUCAUACAGACAUACAUGACCCAAGACAGACCAUGCAGUUGUUUCACAACCUCUGCUUGUCCUGCUCUCUUCAGAAGUGGUGUCUGUGCCAUAGACAUUUAUUUUUAGUUUUGUAAGACAGUUGGCAUUUGAAGCAUGACACGUUUAGCCAAGGGCGUUGUUUUGCUGGUAUGAGACGCCACCUAACAUGACACACUCUACUAACCAGGCUCAGCGGCACACCAAAUCGAAAAAGGAUCCUCAGAGGUUCCCUUUAGUGGCGAGUCAACAGAUGAAUAUUUUACAAAUAUUGUGGUGCCUGAGUGGCAGUUAUCAUGACUGCUGAACAAAAAAUGAUGGUUACCCUUUAAACAAAUGUUUUGUAUUGUGUGUCUGUGUGUGUGCUGCUAUUAUGAUAUGUAACUCCUUUAGUGCAAGAGGCACCCUCAGCGCAAUUCAAUGAGUGCACGGGGGCCUGUCUCUGCACCAGUCUGUUCACUGUCCUAAAACUCACCAACGAGCCUUUUCUCCUGUCCUCAGCAUAGCCUAGAUUUUGGUAAUGCACAGGUGUGAGUAUGCAUGUCUUUGGUUAGUGUGAGUUUUGCACAUUAUUUGGUCAAUGAAGUUGCACUAAUGUGUAUUUCUAGUGGCAUACUUUCUUUUUUUCUUUUUUAUGUAUUUAAAGGUCAAAUUGGGAACCGGCUUCGAUGAUCGUUGACCAGUGCUUGUUCCCAAACUCAUGCUAUAUAUGUUUACGGUCAUGUUGUUUGCACUGAGCAACCCUGAGGAUUCUUAGUUCAUGGCAGUCUAUAUGUUCCUUCCAUUUUAUACUUUCAACAGCACCCCGUGCUACAGAUGAUUGUACACUCUUAGAUUUGGGCUGACUGAUCAUUUUUAUUAUGGUUUCCUGUGCCAUACAACUGUCAAGGCAGGAAGACCUCUGCCCCAGUGCCAAAUGCUUUGAGUAUCUUUGGGCUAUAGGUAACACUGUGGCAAUGUUUGCUUACCAGGUGUACAAAUGACCACUCUUUAAGUUCAGCCAAACCUUGAGCUGUCAGCCUGUCCUAUGGCAAUAAACCGGUCCAUAAUUGGGGCAGAUCUCCUUCUGCUAGCGCCAUGUGGCCUUUGCAGUCAUAUGUAGCAUAUAGUCGAUAAAAUAAAAAUAACGGCAAGCACAACACAAUAGAGAUAUCUGGUGGGCAUGAUAUGAGGAAUAUAGUAUCUAUUCUGUGCAUAUAACAUAAUAGUAAUCUAUUUUAAGGGCAAAGCUGAUUUUCCAAAGACAUUUUCGGAGGUCAUAUAAAAAAAAAAUGCAACAAUAGAGAUUCAAAUAUUUUAUUUGUCGUAGAUCGUAACUAGGGACACUGCUGAAUUGUUUCUCCACCCAUAAAGGGGAGUUUCUUGACUCAGUUCUGUCUUUAGUAGUGUUGUCUUACGUUUUAAUCUACCGUAUAUAUA